AUGCACAGCAUUACACGUCACAAGGCCACGGGCCAGCUGGGUGGUAUCCUUUUUAAGCAGACUGAAACUGCUAAGCCUUCAUUGGUCAAAAGGAUUGCAACUGCUGCUGAUGAGGCAUCUGCAGAGGCUGCCACCAAGUUACUGCCAGCCCCACCUUCUGGAUGCUUAUAUAAGCUCAAGUCCAAGGACCAGCCGGGCCGUAACCAUCCAAGGGUUCGGCGCUACGCACCAGUAGUACCUCCCAUGUUUCCUUCACCAUCCCGAUGCCGAGCUUGCGGGAAUAUGGCGGGCCCAUGUACAUACCCCGCAUAUAACACCUCCUAUGGCUCUAUCUACCUUUCUAAUAACUCCUUCACAGAGUUACAGGUAUGUAUUCUCAGUGGUUUAGCAUGAAUUGGCAUAUAGUAAAGUCUUGUUUUUAGUCUUCCUGCUUC